ACAGAAGCAGGUGUCUGAAUCCUGCAUCACCAUCCCAGGCAGGCUGAUGGUGAUGAUCUGUCAAAGCUUGUGGUCAAAGGUUCCUUCUGAGGUUUCAUUUCCCUUCUCGUGUUGCCUCAUCCUCAGUCUGGAGGAGCAUCAAGUUGGACCGGAGACAUACUACCAUGGCAACCGUGGGCCUUUCUCCACUGCGUCUCUUUUCCCAUUUUGACUCCAUUCCAGAGCUCAGAAAAUGAGAGCGUGAGACCCCUGUCCCCUUGUUGGGCGGGUCACUUCAUCCUGGGGAUCUGCAACAAAAUCAAGGCCUGUACAAGGCAUCAGUGUCUUUCAAUUCAGACUUUUUGUUUUGUGGCCCGCCACUGCUACCAUCUACAUUUUCCCCAGCUACAGCCUGGCUAAAAAACAUCUAUAUACUUGCCUACCAAAUGACACUGACAAAGUGACUAGUGGAGCAUUUAGCAGCUAAGGAACCAGAGAUUUCCCUCUGGAUAAAAUCAGAGCCAAGAGAAGAGAGAAUUCAUAUUUUGACAUACAGUAGCACAAAAUGACUUGAUUCGGAAAGCUAAUGAUGAACAUUUUAGGUUCAUAGAUAUCUGGUUUACCUUGGAACCGAAUUCUUAACAUAUUCUGCCACAUCAGCAUUUUGAGCUAUGUUACUAAAGAGGGCAGUACAAUCCAAAAGAGAAGAUGACAAAGCAGCCUUAUACUUAUUAUUCUCUACUCCUCUUUUCCGUUUCUGCUUUACCUGAUCUUGAAAAGAAAAUGCGACUUUGUUAUGUUUGCCAGUAAGCCUUUUUCACAGAGAUUUUGGAUUUGUCACAGAAAGGCCACUGCGUUUUUGAUUACAUUCAUGAAAAUCCCAGCGCCUAAUUUCAUUAUUCUGUGACAUGUCAUAAUGUCAUAAUGUCAAAAAGGCCAGUUGCAGUGUAACAAUGCACCAUUAUGAUACCAUUGCAAUUCCAUACUACAGUACAGAUACAGUGUAUUACUAUGAAUGUGUGUUAGUAAAACGUUAUUGUGUCCGGGUGAGGUCGGUGUUAUCAAACCAUGAAUGUUUGAAAAAAGAUGAAAUGGCAGUUUUUUUUCUUCCCUCUUCUCUUCAGCCGUACUUCCUCCCUCAUCUCAUACGUGACUGACAGUCACAUCUGCUGUGUGUUUGUAGCUGCAAAUAUAUAGGCAGCCAUUCUUCACGUCAACACACUCGCUGAUAACUGGAAUCAUAAACAGCAUUUUUGCAAGAUUGUGUAGGCCGCCAUAUUUUUCUUGAAAGCACCAUGUAGGUCAUAAGAUACCAGGGCGACAUCUUUCUGUGCCGCUACAGUCUCCUGACAUCAGAACAACGCCUCUGCCUUUAAGUGUGGCAGGUAGACAUUGUUUUUGUCCUUGCAUCUGAAUAGUUGUCAUUAAUAUGUUGGAUGUGACAAAUGAAGAAGUAGUGGAAUUAUGAUUUCCGCCUACUGUUUGCGGUAUUGGUUGCAGGAUUCAUCAAACUUGUCAGAGAUUGUGUUAUUUACUUAACAUUUUCGUUUUUCUUGUCCGUGAGUCUUCGAAAAAAGUCAGUAUAUUACACCCACUUCCCUGUGCCAUGAACAAUGAAACACAGAGCGAUCGCCUCCUAAAAAUGAAUCUUUACUAUGGUGACAUUCUUUUCAUAGCUCAAACUGUUCCCAUCAUGAUAUCGACCGGUGCUUGUAUAUUUUCUGAUGUCUUCAGUUUUUUCUCCCACAAGGUCUUUCUGAAACAAAAGACCAUGACUCCUUCACCAGGCAGGCAGCUUUAAAGCACACAGCUAGCCAGCCAGCCUCCUCUUCAAUGUGGAGUACAUCAUGUUCCUACACUUGAAAAGACUCUCUGUCUAAUGUGGUACAAUCAGCAAGGUCAGGCAUUCUACUGUGUACCAUGCAACUUUUUUUUUUUAAAUCAUGGAUUACAUGCAGCCACUGGAAAUAUGUGUCCUCUGCUAUCACUGCAUAGCCAAAAUAUUGUACAUGAGUUAAUGAUAAUCACCAUAUCUUGAUGACUGUAGUACAAAUGUGUUUUUGUGUUGCCCUACAUAUUUAAGAUACACAAAGAGACACUAAAUAUAUUACAAACACUCCUAAUGCUCUAAGUUUCACGUUAUUUGAUGACCCACUGCUCAUUUUCUCCAUGCUUAACUUCUCCAGUGAUUUCUCCUACCACUGCUACGCUGAUGACGUCCAGCUUUACUUCUCGGAUAAAUCCUCACCCCCCUUCAUGACUGUUUGACUUCAGUCAAAGGAAUUGACGCAGAUCACUACCUGCACAUGUUGACAGAUGUUGCAUUUUAAGCGCGGGCUGUUGCAGUAAGGCAGCAUCAUGGAGUCUGGAUGUGUGGUUGCCGCGGUGAUUGAAAAUGCUGCUUCAGGACCCCAGGGAGAACCAGGAAGUAGUGACGUCCUUGAGGGAGAUGUGCUACCGUCUACUGACGUAGACAAAGACGAUGCCUUACCUCAAGCCACCAACAAUAAUCCUCCAGAAAAGAAACAGCCACAGGAGACAUCCACUGCCAUGGUGAGGAGUGACGAUGUCCCAGAGCAUACAGCCGAGCCCCUCCUGCGCUCCUGCGUCAGCACGGCAAGCAUGAAGGUCAAGAACAUGAAAAAGCUAACGUUUCCCAGAGGUCACUUCCCCAGGUUGGAGGAGUGUGCCCAUUUCCACUAUGAGACUGUUGACUUUGGCAACGUUCAGUUGGCCUUUGCAGAGGGGCAGAGCGAAGGACCGAAGGCUGGUUCGGACUCCAAAGAGCUGGUCUUUCUAGUUCAGAUCACUUGUCAGGGUCGGAACUGGCUGGUGACGAGAUCCUAUGAAGAAUUCCGAGUGCUGGACAAGCACCUACAUUUGUGUAUCUAUGACCGCCGUUACUCCCACCUCGCCGAGCUGCCACGACACGACUCGUUUGGGGACACUGUGGAGUCAGUAACGAAGAUGUUGGCCACCUACCUGUCCCGCUUCACUGCCAUCGCUGACAACAAAAUCAACUGUGGUCCGGUGUUAACAUGGAUGGAGAUUGACAACAAGGGGAACCACCUGCUGGUGUCUGAAGAAGCCUCGAUCAAUGUCCCCGCUAUCGCUGCCGCACACGUCACCAAGCGCUACACAGCCCAGGCCACAGAUGAGUUGACCUUUGAGGUAGGGGACAUUGUGUCAGUGAUAGACAUGCCUCCUAAAGAGGACACGGGCUGGUGGAGAGGGAAACAUGGCUUUCAGGUCGGUUUCUUCCCCUGCGACUGUGUUGAGCUGAUAAAUGACAAGAUUCCCCCCAGUGUUCAAAGCUCGGUGCCGAAGCCAGUGUGUAAGAAGCAUGGUAAGCUGGUAACGUUCCUGAGGACUUUUAUGAAGUCUCGGCCGCCGCCCCAGAAGCUGCGGCAGCGUGGAAUCCUCAGGGAGCGCGUGUUUGGCUGUGACUUGGGGGAACAUCUCCACAACUCUGGACAUGACGUCCCGCAGGUUGUUAAGAGCUGUGCUGAAUUCAUAGAAAAGCAAGGAGUUGUGGAUGGAAUCUACAGAUUGUCUGGGAUUUCCUCCAACAUCCAGAAACUGAGGCACGAGUUUGACUCUGAGCAGAUCCCAGACCUGAGCAGAGACGUCUUCCGGCAGGACAUCCACUCAGUGGGCUCCCUCUGCAAGCUGUUCUUCAGAGAGUUGCCCAACCCUCUGCUGACCUACCAGCUCUAUGAAAGAUUCUCAGAGGCCGUGUCUGCAGCCACUGAUGAGGAGAGGCUGGUCAAAAUCCACAAUGUCAUCCAGCAGCUGCCUCCUCCACAUUACAGGACUCUGGAGUUCCUUAUGAGACAUCUUUCCCGCCUGGCCACCUUCAGCCCCAUCACUAGCAUGCACACUAAAAACCUGGCUAUAGUGUGGGCACCUAACCUCCUCAGGUCCAGACAGAUUGAGUCGGCCUGUUUUAGUGGCACCGCAGCUUUCAUGGAGGUGCGCAUCCAGUCGGUGGUGGUGGAGUUCAUCCUCAACAACACUGAGGCACUUUUCAGCCCGAAACUCAACGCCAUCAUCAGGGAAAGCACGGCUACAGGUAACAACACCUUAGCCAGACCCAAGUCCCUGCUGGUCUGCUCUCCAUCCACAAAGUUACUCUCUCUGGAGGAGGCCCAGGCUCGCACCCAGGCGCAGCUGGGCUCCCCGGCCACCACCCCCUGCCUCAGCCACAGUGACUACAUCGAGGUCGGGGAGGGGCCCGGAGCUCUGCUCGGAAAGUUCCACACAGUCAUCGAGCUCCCCAUGGAGAGCAACAGGCGGCCUCCUGCCAAGGCUAAGAAGUCUCCUGUGGGGAACUGGCUCUCCUUUUUCCACCUGGGCAAGUCCCAUUCUUUGUCUAAACGUAAACUGAAGCGACACCCCAGCGAGCCUAAUGAGAUAAAGAGCAUUGCACUGCCAGGAGGAAGAGGGGACAGUGGCACAUUGCGCUCUACCAAAAGUGAAGAAUCUCUCACCUCUUUGCACAAUGUGGAAGGGGAACCACCAAGUUACCGUCCACUUAGACCUCGUUCGACUAGUGAGGCCUUGUCUGCUGUCAUUAAAGAGGACCUACGCAAUUCCAGAAGUAAAGACGACAACAAAACCCACCCACUGAAUGAGAGUCAUCGUGGUGCUGAUCGUGGCCACACUGCCACGUGUGUUUCACCUCCACAUCAGGAGGACGACCUCGACCUUUGUCCCCCGGCUGCAGGCAUAUCUACUUUGGACUUUGACCCCAUGUCUUUUCAGUGCAGCCCACCCGCAGCCAUCCUGCGACAGCAGCACAACAGAGAUGGAAACAAACUGAGGAAGAGCGCAGGUUGUUCGAGUGAAUUGGAGCCAAUUUCUUCUCCAAACAACAACAUAAGCCGCUCCCAGUCCCCAGAUAUUAGCCCGGUUCUCAGCAAAGGUGGUAAGAAGGUUACCUCCAAGCUUCACUCUCCUAAACUCAGGAAGAAAUCCUUUAAAACACAAGCAGAUGUUCAGACUACAUCUGCCUCUGUGCCACCUUUCCCCUCCUCUUCUCCCCCAGUGGAGAAAUGUGAAGCUCCACCGGCAGAUGGAAAAGAGACAAGAGUCUGCUACCCACACUGCAGCCCACUCAGCACAGCGAGCCAGGCAUCAGCCCUGACCGACCUCAGUCAGUCUGCACAGAACCUGCCUGAUCCAGGAACAGAUAGACUUAUGAGUUCAGUGUCUGUUCUCCCUCCUCACCCUCCCUCGACGAGUGCUGCACGCAAGUUGGCUUUGGCUCUGGCUGAAUCGGCCCAGAAGGCCACCAGUGGCUCCCAAAGACGAAAUAACAUCCCAACGCACCCCCUUCACAGACAGGAAGCUUCUCGCGCCCAGGACAGACCCCCCCGGCCCUCUGUUCUUGACCUCAAAGUGUACCCCCAGGAGUACUGCAGCCCUCAUACCUCCUCUUCUGUCUCCCAGUGGCAAGCAUCGGCGCAUAGCCCUGUGGAGAGCCUCUUCUGCCCUCAUUUCCCACCUUCACACCUCUGCUCGACGCCCGUGCAAGUCGCUGACGGACAGGAAAGCGCGUCUAAUUUCACACCUAAUGUCAGCCCACUUGGGUCGGGGAGUUUGGACGAAGGCAGUGCAGAGAGGAGGGACCGCAGACAGGAAAAAGAGCUCAGAGUUGUCGGACAAGCAGAGCCCAACUAUCAGAGUGUUGGCGUCUCGACACCCACACAGCCUGCGUGCUUGGCUCAGAGCCCGACAACUUCUCCCGUAUAUGUGAACACCGACUCCACCAAUGUCUUCAAUUUCCGUGCUGUUCUUGCUGAGACAUCCAUGCCUGCCUCCAUCGAGGAGGUUAUCCCACGGCCAUUACAGCCCUCCUCAACCCACAACUACAGCCCAGAGGAGGACAGACCGUUGGGCAUGGUUGAGGGUGUCUACAGUAACCAUCAUCCUCAUCCUCAUCAUCAUUGGCCAGUUAAAUCAGGACGAAUGCCUGCACCUAACUGCCCUCGGCCAGAUGCCUUGCCACAUCACCUUUUGGGGCCAAAAAGCCUGUACAGGCAAUCCUCUGAAAGCCGCCACAGCACCUUAGGUCUAAGACAACCGUUGUCACCUCAGUACAGACGUUACCGUAGAGAUGAGCACCUCAUCAGUGACUGCCACAGGCAACAAGACCAGUGGCAGAGGUCAGAGGAUAGGAUAGUUGGGCAUCCAGCCAUCCGUAGGGCUCGCUCCUUCCAUACCCCACAGAUUAGUCACUAUGAGCUGGCGAAGACGGAGGUUCUGCCACCGGACACCAUGUUUUACGUUGAGCAGAAGACCGGCAGAGAAGUGCCCUAUCAGAGGCUGAUUCAGACUGGCAUCCACCCAGUUCGGCUUCAGUUUGACGACACAAGUGCUGAGCCCCGUUACAGCACCUUCUCAGAUAUGAACCCAACAGAUGGUUCCCACUAUUAUAUGGAGCCUUACCGGCAAAGCGGUAUCCGACACAGUAAGUCUUACACCACCCGUAACACACGGGGACAAUCAGAUUACUACAACUACUCUCCACGUCGUGUGCCCCCUGUGAGCAGGGAGCUUUACAUAGAAAGCAGGGACACUGUUGUUUACGAGGCCAGAGAUGCAGAAGUUUUUGAAAGUUUUGUCUAUCAACCGGCCAAGCAGGAGAGUAAAUUCAAACGUAAAACUGAGUGUCCAGCUAUGUGUCCAUAUGAGAGUCCUGUCUCGCCGACGGAUGCAAGAAGCAGAGACAUAAUGCACACAAGGAGCAAGUCAGACCCGGGAAAUGCCUCCCUCCUGUCCACCGAUAGGACAGAAAAAAUUGUCGUUGCUACAUCUCCAACAUCCCUGAGGUCUCAGGCAGACCCUGACGGCAGCAGGCAAAAGUGUGGCCAAAAGUCCAGUGCAGAGCUCGGUCCAUCGAGGCGAAUUCAGAUGAAAGAGAGCUCCUCUCAGCAGCCGCCGCUGCGCAAAGUCCCCUCUCUCCCAGAAAGGGACUGUCCUAAACUCAAGAACACCGAGCACAAAGACAGAAGCCAUUCACGAGUUCAGGACCCGGGUCGAUUAAUGAUGACCAAUGCCGUCAACAACUACUCCGGUAUUGUGAAACCCGGCAUCCUCAGGAGACCCGGACGGUCGCAGAGCACCAGAGAGAAUCGUCACUACUAUCAUUACCACGCCAAAUCCCCUCUGGAUCCAGAACAUCUGGGAUCCUUCUCCUCUCAGCUCAACAGAAGGACUCAGAGCACUAAAGUCAGGCCAACACAGUAUGACCACAUGAAGGAGUAUUACGCAGUUCCCAAACCUAAACCCGCAAGAUCUGGUAAAGCCGUGGCCGGAUAUUUGCCCGGCCAGGGCUGCAUGUCUCCCCGGGGGCACAGACUGCUGUCCAAGGCCCUGGGCCAAGAGGGGUUUUGUCACGCUGCACUGAGAUCGGAGGCCGGAGUCUACGAGGGCUUCUGACCACUGGUUUUUAUCUGAUUCUACAUCGGGGCCAAAGGAGAACAGCACUUUAUCCUCUGCCAGACCAACAAACUGUUGCAUUGAAAUUGGAAAGGUUGUUUAAACCUUCAGGAGCUGCUAAAAAAAAGUGUGCAGUGAAGCUGCCGCUGGGGAUCCAUACUGUCGCCAUCAUUGGUCGCACCAUAUUUUGCAAUGUCCUCUGAAGACACUGAAAGGGAACAAAUUAACCAUAUGCAGAUAGAUUUCGUCUUAAAUGUAGAGAUUUACAUUUAUCAUUGAGAGGGCAUGUUUGAGAAAAAACGAUGGCUUAUAUAUUUUAUUUAAUGUCGAGACAACAAGAGAGACGACAAGCUAAAGUAACAGGUUUUAUCAAUAUGAUUUUAAGGUAUGUGUGUAAAAUAACAUUCAUUUGAAAUGUAUUAUAUUUGUAUAAAUAACACACCGCUAACAUGUGGCCAAUGUAUUGUACAUUUUGUUUUCUAUUCUAGUCUGCUCAGACGUCAACAAGCACUUUUUGAGGAUAACAGUGUAUGAAACACAUUGUCUUAACGUGAUGUACAUGAAGCCUCUUGAUAUACAGUAUAUAUUUUUUUUUUCUGUAGGAAAUGGCUUGCUCUGAAUAAUUGUUGAAUACUAAAUUAGCACUUUUGGGGCGGGGCGAUACGUGGAUGAUAACCUCAUGGUUUCUAACUUUUCACAUUUUUCUUUCACACAUUGUAUAAUGCUAUCCUGGUGACAUAACAAUGAGUACUAUGAUUUUGAAUUUCAAAACUACCAUGGCAAAAUGUGCUUGACAUGGUUGCAAAUCAGCUCAUUCCGUUAGGUGAAAAAGUGUAUUUUGUAUGCCAAUGUGGUUUUGUCACAGAAAUGAACAUUUAUUUCCUCUUUUCAGGGGAACUUUUAACAAUGUGGUGUUUUACAUGAACUUUGAUGUUGUUUUAUUCAUUAAAGUUGCUAUUUCAAAUCCAAACCUCUAGGUGAGGAUAUUCUGUUAAGACAUGUUAUUUUAGUGAGACUCUUGAAAAAAAAAUAAAGAUAUAUUGUCAAUGA